UUUUGUGUGCGCGAAACCGCCGCUCGUAAUUUCUCGUGAUUUUGACUCGCCGUAGCUGAGUCUCAUGCCUUAAAUCGUAACGGGGAGUACCGAAAGUAAGUUUCGCGCGUGUGUUAUGGCGGAAAGAUGUUCAUUCCGCCGCGCGAAGUGAAGUGAGAUGAAUCGUCGGAAUACCAAGGAAAGUUCAGAGCGCCAGCUGUGUAAGGGCAGCUCGGUUUUCGCGUCGCGGAGUUUCGUUUUUGACUCAUCAGGCGAGUCUCGGCCGCGAAUUAUCGUUAAACAUCGAGAUAUGGCACAGCUUUCGUUAAAUAUUCGCUGAAAAUGUGCAUUGUUCGUCGGGAGGGUCGAGUAAAGUUUCGGGAAAUUUUUCUGUCAUGGCUGACUUCUUUUAUAUAUUUCAAACGCAACGAACGGUUUCGAACAGAAUAUUUUGAUUGGCUAGUACGCUAGUGAUACGUAUUCACCGCAUACACACACAUUGAAAAUCGCGACUGUGCAUUGCAAUGCUUAGUGAAUUUCAAAAGCCGACCGUGCGUAUUUUCCGCGAUUUUGAAUUACCAAAUAUCGCGAAUAUCAGCGUGUAUUGUUUCGUCGAGAGUGCCGAAAGCACAUUUCUUGCAUUUGUCAUGGCGAAAUAUCGUCAAGUAGUCGAAAAUAAUUAACGAAACCGGAUCGUCGGUAGUGCCGAGUGAAAUUACGCGCGUUUGUUGCUCAAGAUUUGUGUUGCGACCACGUAUUGUGAAAAAUAAUGACCUGUUAUUAUGCAAAAUUAAUGUUUGUGUUGUGAAAAAUAUUGAGUGCCCGAGGAUAUAUUUUGCAAGGAGAGACAUCAGGAACCAUCGAGGGCCGGGUAUAGACGGGUAUAAAGCUGGGUAUAGACUUGAGCACGAACGCGCAUGCCGAGGCAAGCCGAGGCCGCAUGAGCAUGCAAGUAUGGACGUUCGAGGUGCGGCAGAUUGCCUCGGAUGAUUCGCCGCACGGGCUCGGACCGAGCCGAGCGCUGUCGGUCCAUCAAAGAUAAUUCGUGCUCAGUUUGGACGCAUUCGAGCACGCGUACAGAGGAUAGCCGCGCACAACGCGAAAAAUUAGGAAAAUUUAAUAAAUUAUUUGCAGUAAGUGUAAUAAAUGCAGAAAAUAUAUACAGAGUGUCCGAUAACUCGCGAAGCAGCGUGUACGGACAGAUUAGAUCAAACUGAACAAAAAAUUCCUCUAUUAUUUUACGAAUAGGGAAUUAUAACCUAAACGUGACGUGAACGUAACGAAGAAUUACACGUAACUGAAGUAAGAAAAUAUCGAGAACAACUGAACCACGAGUCUGACUCGUGUUGUUUAUGUUUGUCCCGAAUGAAGUACCACGAGCCAGGCCUCGUGUUGUUUACGUUUGGUCCGAACAAAGUACCACGAGUCAGGCUCGUGCUCAUUGUUUUUGGCCCAAAUUUCUUACCACGAGUCUCACUCGUUGUUGUAGGACAAGGGGUUAAUCCGCUCUACGCCUUCACGAGCGUUGUCAAGAGUUCUGAGACACCCUAUAUGUUAAUGGAAUGGGACCAAGAAAUAUGCAUGCAAUUAAUAAACGAAUAUAGAAAUAGAGAAGUUUUAUGGAAUCCGCGGGAUUCUGCAUAUUAUAACAAAGUGAAGAAAGAAGAUGCUUGGAAGGAACUCUCUGAAAAAAUUGGAAAGAACAGUGAAGAAGUAAAAAAAAAAAUUGAAAGUUUAAAAGGUUCAUAUAGACGGGAAAAGGCGCGAGUGAAAACAAGUAUAGGAACAGGAAAAGGACGACGUGAGAUUUAUAAAUCAAAAUGGUUCGCUUAUGAAACUCUACAAUUUUUGGAAGAUAAAGAUGAGCCUCGGAAGACUCUAAGUAAUUUGCAGACUGUAUCCGACGACGAAGAAACUAAUAAUGAAACAUUGCAUGAGAACUUGGACGAAAAAAAAGAAAACAGUCAGAUCAACGUAGAAUCGAAUAAUUCGCAAACAUUAGCUGUGAAGCAAGUAACAGAUGAAACUCAGAAUAAGAAGUUUAAGUCUCCGAAGAAACGUCCCACGAAGCAAAGAAGGACUGACGAGGAUCCAACAAUUGUGGAAGCUUUAGGAUAUCUGCGACAAACAGCAGCAGUUUCACAGCAACGAAAAGACCAAUGUAGCCUUUUCGGUGAUUACAUUGCGGAUAAACUACGUACAUUUGAUAAUCGUGUCCGUGCUAUUGCACAAAAUAGAAUUUGCAACGUCUUAUUUGUAUUAGAAAUGAAUUUAUAUCAAAAUCCUAGCAUUUAUACAAAUAUACAUUCCACAUCUUUCUCAGAUUCAAAUAAUUUUCAACAAACAAACCGUUCAUCUACUCCGCAAAACUCUAACAAUCAACCAUCUACGUCAUCCACUCCUGUCAGUCAUAUCAGCUCGCCUUAUGCAUCUCCUCAAGAAAACGAAUCACCUUUAUCCAACUAUUUUCAAGACGUUUCUGAUUCUACCAAUGAUUCUCAGCAUACAUAAUAAAAUUAUAUUAUGUGUUACAUAAUAAAACUAUAUUCUACAAAUUUGCGUUAUUAAAUUCAUAUUUUUCAAAUGUGUCAC